AUUUUAAUUAAAAAGAAGGAAAAGCAUGGAAGACGACAAGAACUCUCUGCGAGCACAAGCAGCGAGGUCUCCUAAUAUCGCCCCUUCAUUUUUCAGAAUAGCUGGACAGGGGACAUCUGAUGAAAUGAUUAAGCUCCGUGUUGGGGCUACAAUCACAAGCCAAUCUGUGCCUGGCCAAAACAUUGUUCUUGUAAGACCAAGAACUUUAGGUCAAACAAAUCCUAAAGAACACAAUAGUCUAGUUCCAAUGGAAGGUGAUGAGGAGAUUUUUGAAGAAGAGGCAGUUUGCAAAUUUUGUUUUGCUAUUUUGAAAGAAGAAAAUAUACUCAAGACGGAAUGUAAAUGUGGUAACGCCUUCAUCCAUGAAGAAUGUGCAGCUAACUGGUCAAGAAUGAGAGGUGACAACUACUGUGAUUUUUGUGAACAAGAGGUUCAGACUUUUCCUGUUGCUUUGGUUAGAUGGCUGAGUAGUUCUACUCAAAUGGUUGGUAGAGAAGAGAACAAUAAAUGGAGCUUGUCUUCAUGGUUGAUGAGGAUUUGGAAGGCUUGAAUUUCUCAAUAUCUUUUGUCUUCUCAGAGCAAUUUUUGCAGUAGCAUCUCCUAAUAUAAAAGGAGCAACUGAUGAAGGGCAUAAUUUGAUUUCUAUCUAUAAUUUGAUGAGUUUAAUUAGUAUUUAUAUUUUAUGCAAUGUAGCUAUUUUGGCAAUAUUUUUAGGGCCUUUGGCCUAGUGAUUUGUGGUGUGAGAUUGUCGGUUCAUUUUGUGGUGUAAGAUUGUCGGUUCAUUUCUUAUGGAGAGGAGUUUGAUAUAUUUUAUGGUGUUUAUGUUUUUCCCAUUUUGAUAUUUGUAAGUUUAAGCUAUUUCUUAUGGUGGUUGUUAGACUUGGUGAUUAUUUGCUUUCUAGUUUUUGUUGAA